UUUUCGUAUAAUCGCACUUUAAAUAGUUAAAUACAAAAACAAAAAUAUAUAGCAACAAAAAGUAAAAAAAAAUAAUUUUAAAAUAUUACAACAACAACAAUUUAUAAAAAAAUAAAACAACAACAAAUAUCAAGUACACUUCAAAUUCAAUCACGAACAACUUGUACAAAUAUAAAUAAAAUAUUUAAAAAAAUCAACAACAACAACAAAUACAUUUACAAAGUAGCAAUUAGUCGUAUUCACAAACAGCGAGCAGCGUUUAAAAACACUUUAAAACUAAUAACAACAACAAUUAAUAGUUAAUAAUAAACCCUUACAAGCAAAACAAUACAUACAAGCAACCCAGCCAGUGAGCAAAAGUUCAAAUUGUUUAGUGAAAAAAAAAACAAAAAAAAAAAAUUACAAAAACAAAUUUAAUUAAAUAAAUAACCAACGCGUAGUUCAAAAAACCGGUUUAUAAAAGCUUACAAAAACAAAACAAAAAAUAAACAAAAAUUUAAAAAAUUACGAAAUAAAAGGAUAAACUACCUCAAAUCGAAAUUUCAAGUGUACAAAAGCAAGCAAAGUUAAGAAUUACAAAAACAACAAAAGCAAACAAAUUACAAAAACAAACGAGUUACAAGCAUUUUCACAACAACAAAACUUCCCUAAAAAAAAACAAACGGCUAAAGCUACAACAACAAAAAAUAAUUACAACAACAAAAAAAUAAUUACAACAACAUAAAAUAAUUACAACCAAAAAAUAUUAAUAACAACAACAACAAAAAUUAACUAAACGACCAGCAAAGCGUUUUGCGUAAAUUUACAAAAACAAACCAAAAAGCACAAAUAACGGUGUACAAAGAAAUAAAAAACUUUUUAAUAAAAAAAAUUAAAGAAAAUUAAUUUUUCUUAAAAAAAAUAACAACAAAAAAGCUACUGCUAUAAAAGCUCAGCAAAAGCUUGUUAGCAGCAUCGCAACACACUCCUUCCCUCCUUCGACACGUCAGCGGUACGACCGCAGCGCAUACGGCUCCCGCCAUGCCGAAAGGGGGGCUUAAAUGGCGUCUUCAAUAAUUGCGCAGACCAGCGGCGGCACAGCACAAACGUCAGCAACAGCGUUAGCAACAACAACUGCAGCAGCAGCGGUUAGCAGCAGCCAUUUUGGCAGUCAUUUGAGUCAACACGGUUUACAACAACACUACGCGCACGCUUAUUUGCCAGCAACACAUCCACAGUUGCAGCAUACAUUGCAUCAGCAGCAGCAGCAACAGCAACAGCAACAAGUGCAACAGCAACAACAAUACUUAUAUCAACAGCAGCAACAACACCAACAGCAGCAGCAACAGCUUGUUGCCGAACAACAACAACAUUGGGAUUAUUAUGCGCGCCAACAGCAGCUACAACACUUGCAAACGAGUCAGCAAUUACAGCAACAGCAACAACAACCGCCACUUCCUCAACCUCCACCCGCUCGGUCCACUCCUCAACAGCAUGCCAGUGCCACCAGCAGCACCACCACCACCACCACAGCCAACAAUAGUCGCAACAACCACAACGGUAAUAGCAAUAAUGAACAACAACAACAACAACAGCAACAUCAGCCGCAACAGCACUCGGCUGUAAGUUCACAAACUAACGGUAAUACAAAUAACGGCGUUAGCAACAGCGCCGCUAAUACAAAUAGCAAUAACAAUUAUACACGUCCUUGGGAAAUGGAGACCAAGGAUCAUCAUAGUCAGAGCAAUACAUUGAAGGGGGGCGGCGGUAUCGGCAGCAACAAUAAUGGUAACGGCAACAGCCAUGGUAAUGGCAAUUUGGGCGGCAGCAGCGUCGGUUUCGAACCCUUCUCCAAGCUGCCCUCCUUCCAGAGUCAAUUUCACGGCUACAACGAUCCACUCAUGCCCGACGGUAUUACGCCGAUGCCCACGUCGGUAUUGCCGCCAUCGAUGUCCUCACUGCAAACGGUGGCCAUGUCGCCGGCCAGCAUAUCGGUCAGCUCACCGGGCAUGGUGAGUGUUGGUUCGCCGCUAACGCAGCUGAGCAGCUUGCAAGCCAGCAUUACACCACCCUCGGCUGUCACAGGGGCGGCUUCGUCGUUCGCACCACUUGCUGCACCACCACCACCGCCACCGAAUGCAUUUCACCAUUUAGGUGCGGUCAAUACACAUGGCCAUCAUCGCAGCAGCACCGCUUAUGCACCACUUAUGCCUACCAAUACCGCCACAAUGGGGGGCUUUGGUGCGGGCGGCGCACUCGAUGAUGGACGCCAUCACUUGCCUUUGUACCAAACGCUUACACCGACUUACGCUACACCGCCGCCUCCAGGCGCACUCGCACCGCUGUCCGCACAACAUUCGCUGAGUGGUCUCGGUGUUGGUUUGGGUGCACUAGGUGGUGGUGGUAUCACCAAGAAAGAUGUCUCACAAACAUUUGAUCUCAAUAAUGGCAACGGCGUUGGCCUAACACUGGGCGCAACGUCUCUCAAUACAGCUAAUACCAAUGUUACACCAAUGGGUAUGCAUACCCCGACCACGCCCUCGUAUGUCGAUGGUGGUAUCGCUAUGAUGGAUACAUCUAACGGUGCUACAGCCGGUUAUCAUACGCCACACUCAACACAUACUGGUGGAUCGGGUGGUCCGGGUGGUCCGCAUACACCGCACACCACACAACCGCAUACACCCACCCCAACGACGACUACACAAAUUAAGGUGGAGAAAGUGUUGAAUUCGCCGAUUGCACGGGUGGAUGCGCGAAAGAAAGAACGGCGGAAAAAUCGAGCGAAUUCGCUCGAGUCCAGCGCAGAGUCCGAGGCCAGUGCUAUGGAUGUAGAUCCCAGCAAUCCCGGACAAGUGGAUGCGGUCUCGAGCACGGCCAAUUUCAAAAGUCCACUCAGCGCGCUUGGCAUGGGCGAUAGUAAUGACACCAAUGGCGAUAAACAGACUUCUGUCUUUCAGUCGAAAAAGAAACGUAAACGUUGCGGCGAAUGCAUCGGCUGUCAGCGCAAGGAUAAUUGCGGUGAAUGUGCACCUUGUCGCAAUGACAAGAGUCAUCAAAUCUGCAAGCAGCGUCGUUGUGAGAAACUCACGGAGAAGAAGGAACCCAAAUCCAAACAAAUAAUCUACGGUGCCGAUGGUCAACCAAUUCGUGCGGAGAAACGUGGACGCGGUAAAGCGCGUAACACAACGGGCAAUGGAACACCAACAACUGGGGCACGUGGUCGCAAAGCUUCAACGGCCAAAUCGAGCAAAUUAAAUGCCGCCAACGGUGCUGCUACCGCCACAGCAGCUGCCUCAUCGCCACGUCAAGCCACAGCGACUGUGACCGGCGCCGCCGUCAAUUCGGCGCUAAGUCCCUCAGCACAAGCGCUAGCCACUGGUGUGCCACAUCAAUCGCCGAAUACGAAUAGCGGCCUAUUGGGUGUUGGUGCUAAUCAGCAGCAACAACAACAACAGCAGCAGCAGCAAUUGAAUACAUUGCAACAACAUCAACAGCAACAUUUGCAACAUCAGCAGCAGCAACAUAGUCAAGUGCAGUCUGGGCAACAGUUGCAACACCAGCAACAGCAGCAGCAACAUUCACUUCAUCAGCAGCAACAACAACAACAACAGUUGCCGCAACAACAGCAACAGCAUCAACAUCAGCAUCAACAACAGCAACAACAACAACAGCAGCAACAUCAGCUGCAACAACAUCAAAUAACCGCACAAAUACAAACCAUGAAAGAUCAACCGCAACAACCGAUGGCGCCAAUGGCCUUCUACCCCACAUGGCAGGCUGAUCCCUCACAGGGUUGGCAAAAUCAAUUUAUCCAGCAAAUACCACAGAAUACACCACCCAUCACAUCGCUCAACUCAUUGGAUUUCCAAACGCAGUCCUAUGCCUAUCCAUCAAAUGGUUAUGUGCAGACCGGUCUCGGAUUUGAUCCGAAUUACGGACGUUCUCCGUAUGGUGCUCCCGUACAGCGUUACGAUUUCCAGAGUCAACAACUAUCGACCGCACCCAUCAAUCAGGUGGGACUGCAAGGUGUUGGCUUCAGUCCCGCGGCCGUCACGUAUGCCGGUCAGGUGUCGACAGCGCCAGCACCGCCCACAGUUGGACUGCAACAGCAACACAACUUGGGUGUGUCGUCUGGUGAUUUGAAUAAGACAAUGUCGGGAAACGACACGCCUGGAUAUCCGCGAGUGAGCAGCGUACCGCCGCGCUCACUCAAUUGUAACGGGUAUUCAGGCGACUACAGCGGUUCAAGUCAACAGCAACAAACAACAGCGAGCAACAGCAGCUCAUCUGCCGCAGCAGUAGUCGGCUCCGCGAUUGCCGGCAACAAUGCGAAUACAACACCACUAAAUGGUGGUGGUCAAACUACAGCAGCACCGUCAACAGCUGCAACCAUUGAUGCAACACCGAUGCAACCACCAAGCGUCCCAAAUGUGCCACAAUCGCCAACGCGUAGUCUGAUGCAACAACAACAACAGCAGCAACAACAGCCCCGCCAUGUUUCUCAGUCACCGAAUCAUAUUGCACAAUCGCCCAACGGCAAUUUGCCAACAGCACAACAAACCUACGGCACCAACAUUCCACCCUCGCCACAUCACAAUUCCAUGCAGCAACAACAGCAGGCGCAAAGCCACAUUGCAUCACCGCCACAAGCACAGCAACUCCAACAGCAGCAGCAACAACAGCAGAUGCAACAAGACUGGAAUUGGAACAGUCAGCCACAACAAUCACCGGCACUUGGUGCCGCAAGUGAUCCUUACCAGCAGGGUGAACGCGUCAAUCUAAAUACGCGUAUCAAAUCGAUGAUACUUCGUAAGAAUGAUCCCAAAGAUCCACUCUCAAAUACCCCCUCCGAUCUGCACAUGUCCAGCAAUCCCGCAUCGCUCGGUGCUGGGUCUAACGCGCUGGGCGCAAGCCAACAACCGCAGACCGGUCAUUUUUUAUCGUAUAGCCACCAUCUCCGCGGCGAUUCAGUGAUGAACGCCAAUGGUACGACUGGUUCUAAUGUGUCUGCCACACAGGCUGCACAACAACAACAGCAGCAGCAACAGCAACAAAUGCAAGGCAUACAAACGUCCAAUAAUGCGGGUUUGACACCCGGUCACAGCACAUUAGCAGCCGAACCAAUAGGAGGUGGUGGCGAUCAAAUAUGGAAGCCACACCACACGAAUUCGUUUAAGAAACCGGUGGCAAGUAGUUUCCCCACAGCCGAACAUCAUCAUCAACAACAACAGCACACAACAAUCAGUCAUGGUGGACACACCACCAUUGCACACACCGAAGUCCAACCGAAAAAAUCAAGUCGUAAGAGUAAAAGUCGUGCCGCAGCAGCGGAAGCAGCCGAACUCGAUAAGAAUAGCAAUGAUCCUGGUGGUGGACUUCAUGGUUCGCUACAUGGCUCACAUAGUUUGAAAUCUUUGGAUAAGACUGGUUACCCACCCACACAUGGCUAUCCGCCGCCACAACAUCCUGAUUAUCACACGCCAUAUAUCAAAACCGAACCCGGUCUCUUGCCCGCGCAACACACCAAAAUGGAGGGUUACGAGCGUAACUAUCAGAACUUCAUACAAUAUGCCGACUUUUGCCAAAAUGAGGUACAAGGUAUGCCAUCACAGCAGCAGCACCACCAAAGUCAGCAGGAUUACGCUAGUUAUCACAACUCCCCUUACUAUGGCAGCUCGAGCUCAUUCCAACAAAGUUAUCAGCAAAACUUUGUACCCGGCUAUCAGCAUUCGUCGGCCGGCAUGGGUUAUGGCAGUACGCAUAGCAUGCAUCCGCAUCACUCCACUUCGCUUGGCCAUACCAGCCACAUAAAAGCGUCCAACGGUCCACUAAUGAAGUCUAGCAGUAGUGCCAGCUUGCAUCAUCACAACAAUCACCAUUUGAUGGAUAUUGACCGCAAACCGGAUACCAAUAGCAUCAUACCAUUGCCCACGAACUAUGAAAAAGACAUACCAGCCCAUGCAUAUCCCAUACCACCGCAUCGGUAUCCACUAGGACCAACGCCAACGCACUUGGGUCACACCAUGAUUGAGCCGAAGAUCGAGGAUAUGGGUGUGCUGUCGCAUAACACCAGCUAUCCAUUCCUAGGUGAAGGUGGACCAGCAGCUAUUAAAAGUAGUUCCGGUUUUUCGUGUUGCCGUCAAGGCAGCACACGCACACCCACAGCUGAACACAUCAAAGAUGGCACUUGUGCGGGUUUACAAACUAAGGAUGAAAUUAUGGAUGAGCCAAUUGAAGAGCCGGAAGUAAAUAACGGUGCAAAACCUAAAAAGAAGGGCGCAAAGCAGGAAGAUAAUGAGAUUGUGGUUAAGCAUGAGAAGAUCAAUCCGCUGUUUGAUACGACAGAUAGAUUAGAGAAAGGCAACAAGACGGAGAUACCGGAAUGUGAGUGCUUUCAUUCCGACAAGAAUCCGCCCGAACCGGGAACAUACUAUACCCAUCUCGGAACUGCAUCGACUCUGGCCGAGCUACGUAGAGAGUUCGAGGAACGUUGUCAAAUCUCUGGUAGACAGCUGCGUAUAGAGAAGAUUAUUUACACGGGCAAAGAAGGUAAGACGACGCAAGGUUGUCCGUUAGCAAAAUGGGUUAUACGACGCGCCGACCCAGAAGAAAAGAUUUUGGUUGUGGUCAAGAAGCGGCCCGGUCACAGGUGCGGUGCUGCUUUCAUCAUCGUAUGCAUGGUUGCUUGGGAUGGCAUGCCGCGUCUAGAAGCAGAUAAUGCCUAUAAAAAUCUAAUACCAAAGCUUAAUAAAUUCGGACUUCCAACUACGCGUCGUUGUGCGACCAAUGAGAGUCGCACCUGCGCAUGUCAAGGCCUUGAUCCUGAAACAUCCGCUGCCUCCUACAGUUUUGGCUGCUCUUGGUCCAUGUACUAUAAUGGUUGUAAGUAUGCACGCUCGAAGACGGUACGCAAAUUCCGACUGUCCGUUAAGAGUGAAGAGUCGGCCAUCGAAGACCAUAUGAAUCUCUUGGCCACAGUGUUGGCACCGCUUUUCAAGCAAGUUUGCCCACGUUCGUAUGACAAUCAAACCAAGUACGAGAAGGAGGCGACAGACUGUCGUCUAGGACUGGAAACUGGACGACCCUUUUCAGGCGUUACCGCUUGUCUAGACUUUUGUGCACAUGCUCAUAGAGAUUUGCACAACAUGCAGGAUGGCUGUACAGUGCAAGUAGCGCUGCUGAAACCGUCCAAUCGUGAUGGUCGUCCACCCGAUGAUGAACAAUUGCAUGUGCUACCGCUAUACACCAUGGAUACGACGGACGAAUUCGAGAGCAUGGAGGGUCAACGUGAGAAACAUCGCACCGGCGCGGUACAAGUGUUGGACAAAUUUCCCUGCGAAGUACGUGUGCGCUCCACACCGCUCAUACCUUGCCGACGUCAUGGUAAGAAGCGAAAAGAGGAUGAAACUCCCGCACCUGACGCCGAAGCUGCAGCUACCACGGCGGCCACAACGCCGACGACACCAACGCCAACUGCCACACCACAACCAACAACAAAUGCCGUUAACGCCAACAACAACAAUGGCAAUAAUGGCACGACCAACGUGACUAACAACAAUACCAACAACACCGCUACCAUCAAUGGUAAAAAGGAAGGCACAGGUAGCAACAGUAAAUCGAAGUCGAAAUCGAAAUCGGGCGCAGCAAUCAAUGCAGCAGCCACAACGCCGUUAUCAGCACCGCCAUCGACACCAUCGCCACGCUGUCAAACGCCAGUCACCAACAAUCCCAGUCCGGCAGGCAGCGCUUUUACAACGCCGCCAGUCAACAAUGCCAACAACACGCACAUGAAUACCGCUGUGAACAACGCUGUCGGAGGUAACCCACCUAAUCAACUCAUGUCGUCCAAUUCCAGUCUAAUGAAUAUGGCGACUAUGAUAGAUACCUUCACAGAUGCGCAAUUACAAUCCAAUCAGAUCUCAAGCACGGUGCUCGAUUCGCCCUACUCGUACGACUACCAGACUGGUUCCUACAUUGAUUCACGCAACUACUACGGUAAUUGGCCACCGCCGCAUGCAACGCAUGCCACACACGCAGUUGGCAUGGGCGCGGCACCAGGCGCCACCACAGCACCUAUGGCAGCACCGCAAGGCAACGUACAUCAUACCACCACCCCCGCCGCCGCCGUCGCCGCACCGUUAACACCACAUCACGACACGACUAACGCAACAUACGCUAACAACUACAAUAAUCUACCAACGGCUGGUAGUCAACAGCUGACGCAAGUGCAUGAUGUGCGCGGCGAUGUGAAGAGCCGCGGCAGUGAGGAGAAUCCCGACUCCACCACCAUAGUGAAUAAUACUUUAGCUGAAAGUAAGUUGACCACACUCACUCCAUUGACACCAAUGACUAAUCUAACUCAACACCAUCAUCAUCCACACCAUCAUGCUACGCCCAUCGAAGAAGGCUUUGUCAAACCAAAACCACCGACAGACUAUCAGUACACCCAGUAUCCGAGCAACUAUCAAAUGUAUCCGCCACCACAUUCGGCCUACUCCGCCUACGAUGCGUACCAGAACAUGAACUACAACUACGGUUACCAUCAGGCAUACUCUCCCUACAGCAUGUAUCCGCAACAGACACCGCCGCCAACGCCACCACCACCAUCGCCGAACUGGAAUAUGUACGGUCAUCAUCAGAGUACGGCCUCCACGGCUGCGUACGCCACCACUGUGCUACCGCCGAACGGCGCCACGCAUCAGCACUCUUCGCUGGCCACCACCUUGCCACAGGCGCAAACGCAAAUGCCGUUAUCCAAUGGAAAUCUGAAGAACUCUUUAGCCACACCAGUGACGCAGCUCACACCAACAGCUGACCCUCAACAGAUGCAAGUGCAAGCGCAGACGCAGGUGCAGGCGCAAACGCAACUGCCCAUGGUACAAGCACAAACUGUGCUUCCCGAACUCAACAACAGCAAUGUGCAGUCGACGCCGUUAAAUACGGAGCUUACGAACAACAACAAUCCAACGCUGGUGGCCAAUGCGAAUGAGACCUCACCUAUUGCCAACACCGUUGCGACACCGAUUGCUGCUAUCAAUAACGAAAACAGCAACAACAGCACCAGCAAUAGUAAUGAUAACAGCAGUCCAACGGCAUUGAACGGCGCACCAACCGAUAACGGCACAACUGCGUGUGGCACAAGUACCAGCACCAACACGACAACAACAGCAACCACCACGACUGCCACAGCGGUGGCGACCACAUCGAAUCCCAACAAGUUGGAACCGAUUGGCGAGGUAACUGAGAUCAACGACAAUUACGAGGCAUUCGCCGAUCCACAAAUGGGUGGCGUGGCCAUAGCGCUCAAUCACGGCAGUGUACUGAUCGAAUGCGCCAAGCAUGAGUUGCAUGCAACCACUGCUUUGCGCAAUCCCAACCGCCACGAGCCGACGCGCAUGACGCUGAUAUUCUAUCAGCAUCGUAAUUUGAAUCGCGCGCGUCACGGCAUUGACGAGUGGGAGGAGAAGAUGCGUGUGAAGAAAAUCAAUACAGACCUCGAUAAUAAAGCCAAAGAAGAACGUGAAAAAUUGAAGAAAGAACGUGAAGGUGGUGGCGAUGGUGAAGAGGACGAUGAGGACGCCGAAAGCGCACUCACAAAUGGCACAGCACAGGGAAGCGGUGGUGUCGGCAGCGGCAAGAAGGAUGGCACGCACACAACAACAAACAACGGUAAUGGUAACAGUGGUAUGACGGCAACACCAGUGGAGACUACACCAACAAUAGCAAACAGCAUACCAGCGCCGACAGCACAAGCGAAGAGCAGCGGCAAUGGCAGUUCGGCAAGCAAAAAGAAAAAGGAUUCGGGCAAAAAGCGAGAAAGCAUCACUGCACGCGCCAACACUAACAACCACCUCAUGGACGACCCUCGUUCCUAUGCACCCGUGUGUGGUUACGGGACCCUACCAGGAGGGCAACACUAGUCCAACAGCGGCAGCAGCAGCAGCAAUGCAACAACAGGAAUUGCAACAGCAGCAGUUACAGCAACAACAACAAUUGCAGCAGCAGCAACUACAACAACAACACUUGCAACAGCAGCAGCAGCAAUUGCAGCAACAACAGCAGCUAAUGUUACAACAACAACAGCAAAUGCCAGCUUAAGUUACUGAUGGAUGUGUGUGAGUCAGCCGUUCAACUUCUGUAUUACGGUAAAUUUUUUUUUUUUUGUUUUAAGGCAAUAUGCUAUAGAUUAUGUUUAAGCUGAUUUUUUUUCAAAUCAAGUAACUGUUUUGCUCGUAUUUUUUCAUACAUACUACAUACAAACGCCAUGUGCUUUCGUUGCUUAUGCUUACUCUUAACACGUUGAGUGCCAUAUUUUUUAUAAUUUUUUGAUAUUUAUAGUUAACGGAUGUGCUGAGUGUUACAACAAAAACAAAUAGAGUAACCAUCUAGCCGUUGAAAAUUAUUUUAAAAAUACUUUUACUUGCUAUUUCUUACUGAAACAACUGUUUACAUCAAAAAAACCGUUAGUAAAUGACAAGAGAUUUGAAAUUAAAAAAAAAAAUUAUUAAGACAAUGUUGCAGUCGAAAGCUACGCAUACUCUACAAAAUUUCUUCACUUAUGUGCUAUAAAAUCCCAAUUUUUUUUAAAUGCUUUAUAAUGACUUUCAACUAUUAAAACAUACAGAAGACAUCGUUGAAGCAUCAACAUUUUAUUUGUAUACUUUUUUUUUAAUACAAAUCAGUGUCAACAUGUCAGAUGCAGCUUCAAAAAAAAAUAUAUAUACGAAACUGAAAACAGCAUAUAUACUUUGAGCAGUCGUUAAAUAUAAGAAAAAUUAGCACAAAUCUCCAAAAUUUUGUUAAAAAUUACUACGCUGACGUACAAAAAAAAAAAUAAAAAAAAAAAACAAAAACAAAUACAUGCAGACUUAACCCACUCUAUCCCAUUGUACUCGCUUGGAUACAGAAAAAAAAUGAUAUAGAAAACCCAUUCGAUUCCAUUGUACUCACUUGGUUUAAAAAAAUAUAUUUUUCUGUACCCACGCAAAUACAAUGGCAUCGAAUGGGUUAAGUUGAAAGCUCACAACAACUACAAAAACACAUAAACUAUUAAAAUUAAACAAAUACUCUUACAAAUUACUAAAAUACUAAACUAGUUAAAUUAUAUACACACAAAAGCAACAGCAGCAACAACAAAAAUAACAACAAAUCACCAUAACUACUCUGAGCAUUAAGUAAAUACUCUACUUAUUUUCUUAAUUAAUAGAACACACAAGCAAGACUAUAAAUUUUAGUGAAGAGUGAAAAGCAUAAACAAUUUGAAAAUACAUACUAAUAGCAGCAAACAUAUAUACAUACA